UGCAAUGCGGGGGAAGACGGUGCGGGGCCGCCUCGGUCUUCGGGUUAUGUCGAGCGGGAGCGCGGCCUAUUGGCCGUGGAACCAUAACUAUGCCAGCCUCCGCUUUACUUUACGCGUAACUCGCAGAAGCCCCGGGCUCGCUUCCUGUCCCCGAUCAAUGCCUGACUAUGGAUAACGGUGCUGAGCUGAGCCACCAGGGCGACGAACUCGCCGAUGCGGGCCAUGAUGACUCGGGGGGCGCGUCGGAGGCUGCGGCGGCACUCGCUUGCAACUGUUGCCGACGCCGAAAGCUGCGGUGUUCUCGACAAGUGCCAGCAUGUCAGCAAUGCCGCAAGACAGGAAGCGAUUGUGUCUACGAGUCGAAACGGUCCAAGCCGGGGAUGAAGGCUGGGGCUAUUGAGAACUUGCAUCGGAGACUGGAUGCUUUAGAAAGAACCGUUCACCAACAACGGACUAAGAAUGAGUCAAGAGACCACAGACAAUCCGAGUCAAAUCACUCACCCAAUCAAGACAGUGCCAAUGGCACCAAUGGCGGCCUUGAGAAUAGUGCAUACACCAUAAUGGCAUUCUUCGCCAAAGAGCUACACAAGUUCAACUCUAAAAACGGAAGCUCACUUGGCGAAGAACGUGCAGAAAUCGAGUCACUAGGACGAGCCAAGCGGCGUCGACUUGAUGAUCAAGAGCCGAUUAACAUUGCCUUCACGGGCGGCUACAGCCCUGGCCUCCCUGCCUUGCCGGAUGAGGAAAACCUGGAGAUUGUACUGAAAGCUUAUUUCGCACACAUUCACCCAUGGAUCCCGAUUAUACACGAGGCGAGAUUCCGCCGUCGACUUCGCGAGCCCGGAGAAGCCAAAUUUGUGUUGGCAGUGUUACAUGCCAUGGUCCUCUCUGCGUCAAGGUACAUCUCAGAUGAAGAUGUUGCAACCAGCGUAUUCGGCUCGCACCAGCAAAGAACUAUGACUAGAGACUGGAUCGUAUCGACCUCGAUGAAGACUUUCAACGUGGAAAGCCAUCAAGCUCUCAUAAUUGUCGCAUUCAACGACAUCGGAAGUGGCGAGGCCGCACAAGCCUGGUCCCUCGUUGGUUCACUAACGCGAACCGUCGAGUAUCUCCAACUGACCGUUGAACACGACGAUGCCGACCGAUCAUCACUGUCUCGGCCUUUUGUCUCGCUUGUUUCGCCAGACAGUUGGACUGAAGCCGAAGAAAGGCGCCGGGUCUUUUGGAACGUCUUCAAGCUCGAUAGACUCAUCUCAGUCACCAUGGGCUGGAACACAAGUCUCACCUCGGACGACGUCCACUGCCGCCUUCCCUGCGACGGCGUCCUAUGGCGCAAAGAAGACAAAGUAGUGACGCCCUAUUUCGGUAUCUGGGACAAGGCCGCCGGCAGAAUCGGGAACCCUAUCGCCUUUAUCCCGUCCCACUACGCGCCGACAUUGCAGACAGGUGCCACAGAGGAAGAAAUCCACACGCCCUCCGACGCCGGAACGUCACCGGGAGCACCGGCCGCCAGCAUCGACAUGUCCACCGUCGGCGCCUUCGCCUACUGCAUCGAGGCGACCGAGUCCCUCAGUAGGGUCACGAGCUACUUUCUCCAGCAGAAGAUCAACAUGCGAGACCAGCGCGACAUAAGCAGCUGGCUCACCCGCUUCAAGGAGCUCGACCUGCGUCUGGUCCAUUGGAAGAUGCUUCUGCCCCAGAAGUGGAAGGCCAACAUGGCGCGGCAGUCGACGCGGAUGGACCCCAACCUCACGCUGGCGCACGUCACCCAUAAUACCUCAAUGAUCCUGCUCCAUCAGUUAAUUGCCUUCCCACCGAGGGAGUGGCCUUUCAGGGCUCGGCUGCCGAGUAUUCUGAGCGCGGACACGUGCCAGGCGGCCGCCGUGGAGAUUGCCAUUAUUGCGGAGAAUUAUCUGAAGCACGCGCCAGCGGCGAUGCCUGUUUCAAGCCAGUUCGUAUUCUGUGUCUAUGUCGCUGCCAGAGUCCUCCUUCUCCGUUGGAGGUAUGAUCUCGGGACCGAACUGGCUUCUGAGUUCUGGUCCUUGGUGCAAAUAUUGAACGAUAUGGCGACGCGGUGGGCUGGUCCGCAUAGCUUGGAGCCUGCGAGAGACAACCUGGCUGGGAAGUAUUCGAGGAAGCUCACAGAGAUGCAUUCCCGUUGCCGCGAUGAUGCGUCUUUCAACAUCAACGUUCUAAGCUACACCACCGAAAUCGAUCAUACGGCUCCUCAAGAACCUUUGGCAUCUCCUCAGCUCAGACGGAAUGGUAGCGGGCAGGGGGAGACUGCUUCCAAUGGGCGGAACAAGCGAUUUACAGAUUCACAGCUUGAGCCUCCAGGCAGCCUCAACACUAUUGUUGAAGCUCAACAACUCCCGCCCAACAACCCGGCAUCAUUCUCCAGCCCGCCGCAAAACGCCAUGCUCGCACUCCCAGGACUAGGGUUGAAUGGUGUUGAGCCAAUGGCUCAACCUUCUCUAUACCCCAGAAGCAGCAUUGGUAGCGGCGAGUUGAGCAACAUAUCCCAGAUGCUCCUUGACCAACAGUUCAUGGACAUGGACAGGAUCAUCAGCUACGAUGACGGUAUUUUCGAAACCGAAUACGACGGUGGAGGGUGGUAAAAACAAAGAGUCUAUAUUGAGUACACAAAAAGC